AACCCGGAUUUAGGAUUUAGGGUUUAGGGUAGGCUUAAGACAUAACAAAACCCUAGAGGCAUAUUCGUUCUCGUGACACACCGGCAAAGCGCAUUGGCUCGCGAAAUCCAAUGCGCCAAGCUCUCCUUUCCCAGGCGGCCAUGGAUGCUCGAUUUUUAUGCUGCCCAGUUGCUCUUCUUCCUCGUUGCCAUCCCAAGCUAGCUCCAGCAGCAAGAUCCAACCAUUUUGUCCAAGCGAUCACAGGCAGAAAGGUCUCCAACCUUGCCUCUCAUAAAAUGGUCUCGCGAUCAUCCACUUCAAGCACCGCUGCUGCUGUAGAAGAAAUGACCAAGGAAGAGGAGAAAGAGGAGCGUGAUUUCGCAGGAACUCCAUAUGUUCCUAUAUAUGUCAUGCUUCCCCUGGGUCUGAUAAGCGAGAGCAACGAACUUGUCAAUCCAGAAGGUAUACGUAGAGACUUACAAGCUCUGAAAUCCGUGAAUGUCGAUGGAGUUAUGGUGGACUGUUGGUGGGGACUCGUCGAAGACACUCCACAAAAAUACAACUGGAGUGCUUACAGAGAACUCUUUACGAUUGUCAAGGAAUCCGACUUAAAGCUCCAGGUUGUGAUGUCGUUCCAUCAAUGUGGAGGAAACGUCGGUGACGACGUGAAUAUACCAAUUCCAAAGUGGGUGCUGGAGAUUGGGAAGGAGAACCCGGAUAUCUUCUUCACGGACAAGCAUGGACACCGGAAUCCUGAGUGUCUUACCUGGGGAGUGGACAAGGAACGCGUUCUCAAGAGCCGGACCGGACUCGAGGUGUACUUUGACUACAUGAGAAGCUUUCGCCAAGAGUUUGACGAUCUCUUCCAGUCUGGAGUGAUUGCUGAGAUCGAAGUUGGACUCGGUGCCUGUGGAGAGCUUCGGUAUCCUUCGUAUGUUCCGAGAAGCGGUUGGGAGUAUCCUGGCAUUGGAGAAUUCCAGUGCUAUGACAAGUACCUGAUAAAGAGCUUGAAGCAAGCAGCCGAGGCAAGAGGCCAUACCGAGUGGGGAUGCUGCCCCGAUAAUGCUGGAGAGUAUAACUCCAAGCCACAGGAGACGGAUUUCUUUCGCGAUGGUGGCGACUAUGAUAGUUACUAUGGCCGGUUCUUCCUUAAGUGGUACUCCAAGGUGCUGAUAGAGCAUGGAGACCGCGUUCUUAUGCUGGCAAAGCUGGCUUUCGAAGGCUUUCACAUAGCAUCCAAAGUUUCUGGAAUCCACUGGUGGUACAAGACCGCUAGCCAUGCUGCAGAGCUCGCCGCCGGCUUUUACAACCCGUGCAAUCGCGAUGGCUACGUUGAAAUCGCCGAGAUGUUUGCGAAGCACGAUGCUUCUCUUAACUUCACCUGCGUGGAGCUUCGAACUUUGGCUCAAGAGGAAGACUUUCCGGAAGCUCUAGCAGAUCCCGAGGGUCUGGUAUGGCAGGUGUUGAACGCUGCUUGGGACGCCGGUAUAUAUGUUGCAAGCGAGAAUGCGUUGCCGUGCUACGACCGAGAUGGUUAUAAUAAGAUUCUGGAGAACGCAAAGCCUUCCAAAAAUCCAGAUGGUCGACACAUCUCGGCCUUCACGUACUUGAGGCUCAGUCCCGUGCUUAUGGAGGAGCACAACUUGCAUGAGUUUGCGAGGUUCGUCAAGAGGUUACACGGGGAAGGCGUCUAAGAACUCUGAAACAAGCGAAGUAGAAACCUCAAGUUAUAUUUCUCGGUUAAAUAAAAAGAGGAACAAGCCUGUCAGACUUCCUGUUUGAUAGAGUUGCUCAAGAACCUCUUGAACCAACGGGCUGACCUCUUGGGAUAGCGCUUGAGUGUUUCAUAGUCGACGUAGUACAGACCAAACCGCUUGGUGUA